UACACUAGACAGUAUAUUUAGAGGUUAGAUAAAGACAGUUCACUCACGGGAUUCUUGGGGGAUUCAGGUGUUGGAUAUUUUUUUAGUGCUAUUCGUGUUAAAAGACAUGAAAUAUAGAAGUGGCGUUGUAAUUUAUACCUUUUGGGAAUUAAGGGAACGGUGAAAAGGAUCGUGGAUAUUUUGUUCCGCAGGUUGGCAACGUUCAACCAUAUAUCUUCGCGAGCUACAAAAUACAUGUCAUAAGUUGAACUAGAUUUUAUACAACAGUUAUUGUUCCUUUUUGACAAUCGACUGACAUGUAUUUUGCUACUCAUUGUGUAAGAUAGAAUUCGAAUCAACUGUUCAACAAACUCAUUAUUGGAAAUAUUGAAUUCUGUAUUUAAGAAGUGUCUCAUUUUAAUGGUAGUAAAUAUUCAACAUGGAGGAUCAGGAAGAUAACUGUAGUAUCUGUUUAAACAUCUUCACAGAACCCAAAACUAUCGAUUGUGGACAUAGAUUUUGUGGAGACUGUCUGGAGGAUUAUUAUACCAAGAAAUGUUCUAAAAGCAAAAACUUUCCCUGCCCACUCUGUCGGCAUAAUGUGGGUGUUCCUGUAGGAGGCAUCAAAAUGUUUCCGUCGACAAAUUCCAAAAAAAGAAAAAUCGAACGAAAAUCUGCGUCCAGUGUUUCCGGAAUAGUAAGCCUUCCAUCAACAAGUUGCAGUACUGAAGGGGAGGCAAUGCAUGUCGUGUCUGAUCAAACUGAGAAGGUUAUUUUAUGCGAUGCCUGUAAAUCGUGUGAUAACGAGAUAUAUAAAUGUAUUGAAUGUAAUAAAUAUAUGUGCUGUUCUUGUAAAAAUACACACCAUGACGUAUUCUUUGCCGAUCAUCACGUGUUUAUUGUACAGCAUCAAGAUAAACAGACACGUGAAAGGAUAAGGCCUUGUACUCAACAUACACUGGAAAAAUUAGAAUUGUAUUGUAAGGAUUGUAGUGUGGCGGUCUGUAAAACAUGUCUGACUCAAGCUCAUCAAGACCAUGAUACGCUGGAAAUAUGUGACUACAGGGAUGAAGUUGAACACGAAUUGUUGAGCUUGAAAGGCGAACUGGAAUCAAAAAGUUCUGAAUUCGAAAAAUAUGUUGGUGAAGUCAAAAAGAAGAUUAACUCAAUGAAUAAAUCUGCUCAAACAUCUUGUUCUAAAAUUGAUCAACAUGUUAAAAACAUCUGUGAUGUCGUCUUCCAGAGAGGAGAAACGUUAAAGAAAGAUUUGAAGAAAACGCUCCAAGAGGAAGAACAGAAGAUGAAGAAGAUCGUUGAUGGUACAAAAGACAUGAUUGGUCGCAUGGCUAAAAUAGCGCAGAACAUAACAGAUAUUUUGAUUGGUGAUUGUGUGUAUGAUAUAGUAGACGUGUUAACUAUGAUGAGACGCCAACGAGAUGAAUUGGAAUCACGUGACCUGGUUAGCUUGCAUGACGUCACAAGUAAACAUCACACCAUGGCCAUGGGGGUAAAUUAUGACUCUCUUUUUAAUAUUGUUGGGGAGUUCCGGGUCGCAAGACAGACGACGACUACGUUGAAGCACGGUUUUAAUUAUGGUGUAUUGAAAGAUAGGGAUGACUAUGAUAGGCCUACUGUGAACAAUAAGGAGAACGAAUGGGUUUAUGGUCCCGCCUUCAAAUUACAAGAUUGUUCCUUGUAUAUCAGAGUAAAAUCACAUUCUGACAAAACUAACACUACUUUUGUUUUCGGAAAUACAGAAACCCCUAAUGAUUACGUUGAUGUUGGUUUGUAUGUUGAUGUUGGAGAUAGUAUAAAUAAGUCUAGCAUUCAAAGUUUUACAGUUAAAGCUGACAUGAAGUUGAUCUAUGUGGAUAGUGGGUCCAAACACAAAGAGGCAAAGACUUAUCCUUCCACUCAGACAUUUACAUCGUCAAUUGGUGUACUGACCUGGAAUAAGGUUGGGUUUUAUCGUGGAAGUAAUAUAGAGUGUACCGCUACAGUUGAUAUAACCAUGACCACAGUUAUAUAAUUAGACUUUGGAGACCAUACUACUAUGGAAGUAGUAUAGCUUGUUUAGUUGAUAUAACCAUGACCACGGUUAUAUAAUUAGACAUGGGAGACCAUGCAUUAGAUAAAGUGCAAAACUAUAGGACACAUGUUCAGGACACCCGUCAGUCUAAUAUAUCAGAUAAUCAAGGAUGUGUAUAUAUGUAUAUAUCCAGGGUAACACAAAGUACAUGCCUGAGGUAGGGUGAACCGUGUAGUGAAAAUUUUCCCUACAGAAAGAUAAGACUCGAUACGGCGAAUGUGCACGCUUCAGUGGCUUGUCUCGAAGUGAUUUCUGACUAAUCACGCAGUAUGAUAAUACUCAGAGCUAGAGUCUAGAAACUAUAAAUAGCCAUCGCACGUGCAAUUCUCUACACAUCUAUCAACUACUACAGCCGUAUAAAUCUAUUGUUGACGAUUCUGAAUAGCAGUAAUAUUUAGCGUUUUGGUUAUUACAGCAGCUUUAGAAAUUACGUUCUUUUUAUUUUUUAAAUUGCUUUAUCAUUAACUGUACCGUUAGGAGCGGCAUCUUUUGGUUUAGUACAAAUAAUAUCUCUGAAACACUUGCGUUAGGCAAGAACAUGAUACUAGCAGUAGUUUCAUUUUACUUUUACAAGGUUCUUAAAACAAUUGUUGAGUUGUCUAACGUGCUUUCUGUUAUGUUUCGUAAAAAAGUAGUCUUAAUUAUCACAGCCUGUCAAACAGACGUAGAAUGGUCGGUAGACUGGUUAAGCGAGACUAAUUUCAAAAUAAGGGCACGUAACCUAUUUUUUACUCACAAGUGCCCAGAUGUUAUGGCCGACACCCGUAACCAUCUUUCAGUGUAUUAUUUAUGGAUGGUUAAAUGGUCAUAGCUUAUUAAGUACAACAUGACCGUUUAUUUAGUGACUUUAAAUGUUUGAAACUGAUUUAAGGCUUGGUAUAUAUAUAAAUAUUGUGGUGUAAUUGUCGAGAUAAUUGGAUAUAUUUAUUUAUGGUGGGUUACCCUACCAGAGAAAACCGCUGGAACCCAUGGACAUAACUAAUAUCCACCUCAGAAGAAUCAUGAAUUCCACAAGAACGACGAUCACCACACCCAAGGUAGACCUUAGCCAACGAAAGUGCAGUUUUGUAGAAAAAAAAGUUUAUUAAAUGCCAAAACAUUUUUUUCGGAUUUGGUUUUUACUUUAUAAGUUUACGUAGUUAUUACUGUACUGAGAUGUAUCAAUAUUAAGGUAUAUAAAAUUAUGACACAUGCUAAUAUACAUUAUUACAAAGAUAUAUCUUAUAAACCUAAUUGUCGCCGCCCCUGUCCGUCCGCUCGUCCACAAUUGUUUGUGGACACUCUACAGGUCACAAUUCUUAUCCGAUUUUGACGAAACUUGAAAUAUAGGAUUAUCUCCAAAAGACCUCGGUUGCUUUCGAUAUUGGCAUGUAUCGGAUCGAAACUUCAUGGAUUAUGGCCCCUCUGUAGAGGUCACAAUUCUCAUCUGAUUUUGAUGAAACUUGACAUGCAUGUUUAUAACUAAAAGAUCUUGGUCCCUUUCGAUAUUUGCGCAUAUCGGAUCGUAACUUCCUGAAUUAUGGCCCAUGAUUGUAUGAAAAAUCACGUUUUAAACACUCUAGAGGUUACAAUUCGUAUCUAAUUUAAAAAAAAACCCGUUUGAAUAUAUCACCGUUACACCCUAAUGAUUGUUGAGUUCAAAUUUCGUGAAAAUCGGACCAAAACUGCCGGACAAAAUGACCGCCCUCGUAAAAGUACGGUAUAUCAAGGUUGUGGACUCUCUAGAGGUUACAAUUUUCACCCGAUUUUGAUGAAACUUGAAAUGCAUGUUUAUAACCCACAGAUCUUGAUAUUUGCGCAUAUCGGAUCGUAACUUCCUGGAUUAUGCCCCUUGACUGUACAAAAUUUAGAGGUCACAAUUUUUAUCCGAUUUAAAAAAAACGUGUGAAUAUAUCACCGUUACACACUAAGAUCUUGGUUCCUUUUGAUCAUCGCGCAUAUCCGAACGGAACUUCCUGGAUUAUGGCCCCUGAUUGUUCGAAAAAACUCAUUUUUAGCUUGCGGAUUCUCUAGAGGUCACAAUUUCUUUCCUAUUUUAAAAAAAAACGUUUAAAUAUAUCCCUAUUCCACCAUAAUGAAGGUUGAAUUCGAAUUUCGGGAAAAUUGAAAUGUAACUGCUUAAGAAAAUGGGCGCUCUUGGAUGAAACUGAAAUGUAUGUUCAUAUCCCAAAGAUCUCGGUUCCUUUCGAUAUUCGCGCAUAUCGGACUAUAUCUUCCUGGAUUAUGGACCCUGAUUGUACAAAUAUUUACAUUAUUUUUCUUUUAGCUCGUUCUCUGUCCAUCUCUUGCAGGGCGUAUCUUGCAUGGCAACCGCUUGUUUACCUCUAAACUUAACACUGACUCACUGUUUGGACCUCUAUCAAAUUUGUAACAUUAUCUUGGCUUUUAAUUGCUCAAGUGAAGUGAAUCCAACACUAGUGUAACACGAUAGUGUUUCUCAGCUCAUGGAAGUUUUCCUAUUUUUUAACAUGGGAUCCUAUAAGACACUAGCUCUAUCCCCAAGGGGUUAACAUUUUAUCUUGGUCAAAAGUAAGAUAUAAAGUGUUAUCUAAUUUACAUAAAAUGUUGUAAUUUGUUUGUCUAAUAUCAUUAUUCAAUGUUACAAGUCCUUCAAUAUUUAUACAAAUCACACAAAAACUGAUAUUUGUUGGGACCCCUUCUUUAGAAAUAAGCCAAGAUAUUAUCGAAGCAUGAUAAGUAGAAGCCGUGUUUGAAUUUAUUUCGAUUAACAUUAAUGUUGUCUAGAGACUAUUUUGUAAUUUUAUCGUUCAAUGAAAAUAAAGCUGUAAUUAUCUCCCUUUUUGGUUACACUAGUGUUAUAUUAUGUCAUAACAAUUUACUCCAACACUACAUUUGACAUAACCCAUUGUCUGCUGCACAAGGGCAACCAGAAGCUGUACCCAAUUAA